UCUUCUAUGUUACUUUUGACAGAAGAAUUUAAGGUGUCACGGGAGUGAGAUCCCAAGGAAAUUAUAAAUUAUUGAAAUGCCAAAGAUGCCAAAAAUGCCUAAAAUUAAUAUCUACGAGAAGAGUCGAGCUUCAAAGAGCUCUAGAGAUCAUCAUGGUCAUGGCCAGAAUCGCGGGCAUGGUCAAGGGCAGAACCAUGGAAACAACCAGAAUCAUGGACAGAGCCAGAGUCACGGGCAUAACAGUGCUCUGAACCAUAAUCUUACCAACCUUACCAUUAGUCACCACAGCGCGGGCCAUGGCAUAAACCAUAGCUUGAACCAAGUCUUAAAUCACGCCCUAAAUGGCCAAAACCUUAUGCCAGCCAAUGCCCAGAUUCCAGUCCAAUGCCAGGCCACCAUGAAGGGUUGCUGCUGCAAGCGGUCUCAGUGCAUCAAAAACUACUGCGACUGCUAUCAAUCCAUGGUGAUUUGCUCCAAGUUCUGCCGCUGUGUCGGUUGCAGGAACACAGAAGUGCGCAAGGCCGUGGACUCCAGCACACCAGCCAAAAACUCGAGUGCCGCCAAGCGAGAGAAGGCGGCUGCCAUGAGCGCCAAGGCUGCUGCUGCAGCGGCUAAGGCUGGCAUCCAUGUGCCCAUGAAGCAUAUUCCUGGAUCCGGUCCAGGAGUACCCGGUAAACCUUUUGGCUUUCCACCUGGUCAAAUUCCGGCAGCAAUCCCAAUGAAUAUUAACAAAAAAUCACAGCAAGCGCAGUUGGUAGCAGCUGGUCGUGAAGGGAUACCCGUUGCUCGUCCCCAUUUAAAUGGGCCAGCUUCCGUAAGAGCGAUGAAGGCAGCAGGGCAUGUUCAAUCCGUGGGCAUGGUCAAUCCCGGCAAGAUCGAACGUCAGCAUCCAAAUUUCUUCUCGCAGCCGGUCAAUGCCGCUCUGUUGGAGUGUGUGUUGGUGCAGGCUACCGAGGCGGAGCAGAUGGGAUUCAACGACGUCCAGGUGGGACAGUUGAUUCUCCUGGAGUUUAUGCGCGGCGUGAAAGCAAUCUAUGAAGCUACAUGUGAACAUAACAUAGCAUCAUAAUGGUGAAAUAAAUGGUUGAAAUGGUUGUAACAAAA